UUCAGGAGGAAACAGGACGAAGUGGAAGUGCUGGAGGAGACAAUACGCCAGAGGAACGAGCAGCACAAAAAGGCUGGAGUGGAGCUGGAAGCCACUUGCCACAUUUGCCUCAAGACCAAAUUCGCAGAUGGCAUCGGCCAUGUCUGCAACUACUGCAGCAUCAGGUGCUGUGCGCGCUGCGGUGGCAAAGUCACCCUCAGGUCCAAUAAGGUGAUCUGGGUAUGUAUACUUUGCCGAAAGAAGCAAGAAUUGCUGAGCAAGACUGGACAAUGGAUCAACAAGGGGAUGACGGGUACCGACUCGGCAGUGAUGCGGAGGAUAGAGGCGGACAUGUCUCUGAUGGACAAGCGGCCGAAGUUAGAGCGGGCACACUCAGCCGCGGAGAAGGAGAACCAGCCACUAACUAGGUCGGGAAGUUCCUUGAGGCGGCAAUAUUCUCAGCAAGACGCUCAAGCCAAAGAGGAAGAACUCAGGUUUUAUAGAGGCGAGAUAGAAGGGCUGAUGCGUUCGCAAGGCUAUCCUCCACAGCAACCCGAAUAUCGGAACGACUCUUUCAGUUCGGAGCAGUCUUCGUCGAUGGAAGUGAGCGGCGGUAAGAAGCACCGGCGAGCGGCAGCGACGUCCAAGAAGAGCGGCCCCCCGCCGCAGCGCUCCUUCUCCAGCUCCGACGACGAACUCCGCUCCACCCCGGAGUGCACGAGCUGCGAGGAACACGAAACAGAGAAAGGUGAUCCGGGAAGCUACCAGCUCGAUAAGCAAGCCAUCUUAGAUGAAAAAAUAAAAAAGUUUCUGGCGCACCCGAUGUCUUGGCAGGUUAGCAAAGAUGGUCGAACGAUGAUUGGGCACAUGGUACUGAAAAAGAGUCUCCGAGAGGGCAUCGGUUCAGCAUCGAGUGCUUCAAUCCUCGGCCUGAAAGUUGUGGGAGGAAAACUAUUGGAGAGUGGUAGUAGAGGAGCUCUCAUCGAAAAAGUUAAGAAGGGCAGUAUAGCCGAUAUUGAUGGACAACUUAGACCAGGCGAUGAAGUUCUUGAAUGGAAUGGGCGAUCGUUAAAAGGAAAAAGUUUUCAAGAAGUUUAUGAUAUUAUUGCUGAAAGCAAGCAUGAACCUCAAGUUGAGCUUGUAGUUUGCCGUUACCAAACUAAUCGCCACCCACGCCUUCCAUAUCCUCCAGUACAGAGUCAUAAGGAUGUUUAUGAUGUCCGUAAAGACAAACCUAGUGUACUUGUUACUUCACCUGGUUCCCCAGAUAUCCAUGGGCAUAGUCAAAGAAUAAGGCCUCGUCAUUCUCCUAAUUCGAAUGUAGGAGGCAGAAUACAGGUGAAACUGUGGUUUGAUUCUGGUGCCUUGCAACUGGUAGUUACUUUAGUCUGUGCAGCAGGUCUUAUACCUAGAAGUAAUGGACAACCAAGAAAUCCUUAUGCCAAAUUAUUUUUGCUUCCUGAUAGGAGUGAAAAAUCCAAAAGGAGAACCAAGACAUUAGCUAACACAAAUGACCCAAAAUGGAAUCAAAGCUUUGUCUAUUCUUCUGUAAGGCGUGCGGACCUCAAGUUGAGGGUUGUAGAAAUCACAGUUUGGGAUUAUGUUCGCUAUGGCGCUAAUGAUUUUCUUGGUGAGGUUUUAAUAGAGUUAGGUGUGGCGCUGCUAGAAAAUGAACCUGAAUGGUUUCAUUUGAGUGCACACGAUGAAAUUAUUGCUCCCCAUACUAUGGAUAUUGAACGAGAUCUAGAUGUUGUAGUAACGCCUACAGAACAUCUUUCUCCUUCAACGACAUCACGAUUAUCAGACUCAGAUCCUUCAGAUCUUGAUGAUUCAAGAGAACGAAGGGUCGCAGACGGUGCUUCCAUCUCAUCAGUUGGCAGUUCAAACAGCCCUCCACCUGAUAUAGAAAUGAGUGAAAAGAGGAAGUCUAGGAGAGAUAUGUCUCCACAAGGUAGGAAAAGCAUGAUGAUACAAUUUGGUGCGCCUAUUGCUGAACCCCAUAGAAAGAUACCUGUGAACCAAAGGUCUCAUUCUGCUGCCCCCACCGACUCACCUAGUGUACAUACAAGAUCCAGGUCUAAAAGUCCUCAUAGAAGCCUCUCACCUCCUGAAUACAGUUAUAGGAGACCAGUUCUUCCAUCUCACGCAUAUGUACCUAGAUUCACUUCUAGGUCUGCUACAGCAACCCCAAUUACUUCUCCUAAGAAACGACAGCUUCCUCAAAUUCCUCCUCAUCCCACACAUCAUCCGACGUACAGAGACAGAGUCUCUUAUGAUGUAGAGGAUCGGCCACAUACGAUUAAACAAAGACCAAGGAAUGUUCAACAUAGAGGAUGGAGUCGUCAUGGUAUAACUGGUUUAUCAGAUAGUGAUCUUAGUCAGGACGUAAGGCAUCGAUCGCCUCCUGAUAAAGAACUUGGUGAUCCUUGUGAUAGUGAUAUGGAGUCUGUAGCAAGUAUUACUAGUAGUGCAUUUUCCACACAGAGUGAAAGGCCUAGAGGUAGUCGUUACAGUGAAUAUGGAGGAACUGUUCAAACACCUCUCGUAGGUGGUGGAGAAUCUCAAAAUAAUAAUAAGAGAGCCCCAUUUUCCAGGAGCUUAUCAAAUGCAGAUGUUCCAGCUGAAGAACGUGGAGAUGGUAGCCUGAGUGAUACUGCUCUUGGGAGACAGCAGACUGGUGGCUCCAGGAGGAAAACUCCUUCAGGCUCAUCUCCUGCUCCAAAAUCGUCUUCUGGAAUGGGGAAGAAAAGCAGUUCAACGUCUCAACUUUCAGCUACAGGUCGUAAACGUAGGUUAGGUUUUGGUACGAAGGGUAAAUCAUCUUUUACUGUCCAUCGGAGUGAAGAAGUGGUUCCGGAUGACAUCAAGCAUCUUGUGAAACAGGGAUCUUCAGUCUCCAGUGAUGGGGAGGGUUCGCAGGAUGGAGACAGUUGGGCUCCAUCAUUAAAAGGUUCCGAUGGUGGCCAGUUGAGUGACUUCAUUGAUGGAUUGGGUCCUGGACAACUUGUAGGGAGGCAAGUCCUUGGAGCUCCUUCUUUAGGAGAUAUACAACUCUCCAUGUUAUAUCAAAAGGGUUACCUUGAAGUAGAGGUGAUCCGAGCUAGAGGACUCCAAGCAAAACCCAACAGUAAAACCUUACCAGCACCCUAUGUCAAAGUUUAUUUGGUCAAUGGCAAGAAAUGUCUUGCCAAAGCAAAAACAACUACAGCUAGAAGAACCUUAGAUCCUCUCUACCAGCAACAACUUACAUUUAGGGGCCCAUUUCAUAAUUGCAUUCUUCAGGUGACUGUGUGGGGUGAUUAUGGACGGAUGGAGGGUAAAAAAGUUUUUAUGGGUGUUGCCCAAAUAAUGUUAGAUGACUUGAAUUUGACGAAUCUCGCUAUUGGGUGGUACAAACUGUUUGGGACUUCUUCAUUGUGAGGAAAACAGAAACAUUUGAAGUAUUUUAAUGUUGGAAGUUGAAAAUAUUUGAUGAUGUUAUUCAUCCAAAACUGUUUACAAUGGAACAACCUCUCCAAUGAUUGUGUACUCAUUUUUACAACAUAUGUAUAAUUGAAUAUUGCUGUUUUACCUAUCAUUUUAGUGAUAAUUUUUAUAAAAAUGUUUUCUAUGAAAUAUAAUUUUUAGGAAAUUUUUAUGUAAUUAUGUAUAAUUUUAACAAAAUCAACUUUUUUGUGGAUUAUUAUUAUUUGUUCUAUUCUUGUUUAUUGUUUUUGUGACAAUAAAAAGAAGAAUAAAAAAUGUAGUGCUGAUCCAAGUUUCUAGUAUAUGCGUAUAUAUGUAUAAUUGAAUAAUGAUUAUAUGUAUAUAAUAAUUAUCAUUUAUAACUGCAAUGUGGAGGAUUGUUCCCACAAUAUCAAUAUAAAUUUAAAAGGCGUUGUAAAAUUAUUUAUGGAUUAA